UGUCAUAGGAUGAACCCUGCUGGACCAUUCUUACUGUCUGUGAUAUCGUGUCUGGUGUGGCUCUCCUGGGGCUUUGAUCCAGCUCCAAGUGCUUGCUCCGCCUUGGCCUCUGGGGUCCUCUACGGAUCCUUUUCCUUGAAGGACCUCUUCCCCACUGUCUCCACUGGCUGCUCAUGGACCCUGGAGAAUCCGGAUCCGACCAAAUACUCCCUGUAUCUCAAGUUCAACUGGGAGGAGCAAGUCUGCACCCACUACUCGCCCAUGGUGCUUCCGCUGGACCAUUACCUCUCCAAUGACACCUGCAACCAGCCCAGAGCCACCGCCCUGCCCCAGGAGGGGAGAGAGGAAGAGGAGGAGGAAGUGGGCUUGGAGCUUUGCCAAGGCAGAGGCCCCUUUGCCUUCUUUCAUUUCGACAAGAACUUUGUGCAGCUCUGCCUGGCGGAAGAGCCCGAGGCCGCCAGCCGCUUGCUGCCCCCUGAAGCCGUGGAGUUCCGCUUCGUGGAGGUUCUCCUGAUCAACAACAACAAUUCCAGCCAGUUCACUUGCAGCGUCCUCUGCCGGUGGUUGGAGGACUGCCUUCGGCUGGGGGGCAGCCAGCCCUGCAGUCUCUCACAAACGGGCUGCACCUGCCAGACGCCCCGAACCCUGCCGGCACCUCCCGUGGUCAACCAGACACUUUCCAAUGCCCUGACGCCCCCUGCGGCCACCACCACCAGCAGCAGAAACAACUGCUGUGUGACCCAAUUGCAUUCUGGGAAUGCGAAUGAUGUAUAUUCUCCAGAGAUUAAGCACGGUAAUGGUGCCCAAGAGGAUCAGAAGGUGAAAACCCAGUGGCCACGAUCUGCAGAUGAACCAGGAGUGUAUAUGGCACAAACAGGAGAUCCAGCAGCAGAGGAGUGGUCCCAAUGGAGUGUCUGUUCCCUUACCUGUGGGCAGGGCACCCAGGUGCGAACACGCUCCUGUGUCUCCUCACCCUACGGGACUCUGUGUAGUGGCUUGCUGCGAGAGACUAGGACAUGCAACAACACCGCCAUUUCUCCCAUCAUUUGUGCAUUACCUCUUUCAACACUUAAUGAAGGAGCAUUAAAGUCAGUGUUUGAGCUCCCUGAGAACUUUGAAAUAUGAUCUCAGUUGUGUAGUAUUGAUUCUUGUGAUCUUGGUGGCCAAUGGCUUGACUGGGGAUCUUGGAGCCGGUGUUCAGUGACCUGUUCCAAUGGGACUCAGCAACGGACCCGUAAAUGCAGUGUCUUGGCUCACGGCUUCGCAGAGUGCAAAGGAGCUCAUGCUGAUGCCAGGGAGUGUUACAAUCCAGAAUGUUCAGCUGCAAGCCGAUGGGGUCCAUGGAGUGAAUGGAACAUGUGCUCCAAGACUUGUGAUACCGGCUGGCAGAAACGUUUCCGCAUGUGCCAAGGGAUGGGAGCACAAGACUACCCCUGUGAGGGCAGCGGGGAAGAAGUGAAGACCUGCAACGAGAAAAAAUGCCCAGCCUUCCACGAGAUGUGCAAGGAUGAGUCCAUUGCCCUGAUGACUUGGAAGAAAGCUGCAGCUGGUGAAACAGUCUACAACAAAUGCCCAUCAAAUGCUACAGGAUCUGCCAGCCGACAGUGCCUGCUCAACUCUCACGGUGUGGCUUACUGGAGUCUGCCCAGCUUCGCACGCUGCAUUUCCCAUGAGUACCGAUAUUUACAUCUUUCACUCCGUGAGCACCUGGCUAAGGGCCAGCGCAUGCUGGCAGGUGAGGGCAUGUCACAGGUGGUCCGUAGCCUGCUGGAGCUUGUUGCCCGCCGAAGCUAUUACAGUGGGGACCUGCUCUUCUCAGUGGAGAUAUUGCGCAAUGUCACAGAUACUUACAAAAGAGCCACCUAUAUUCCUUCCUCAGAUGACGUGCAGCGUUUCUUCCAGGUUGUGAGCUACAUGGUAGAUGCAGAAAACAGGGAGAAAUGGGAAGAUGCACAACAGGUGUUGCCUGGUUCCGUCCUCCUCAUGAAAGUGGUUGAAGAUUUCAUCCAUCUGGUAGGAGGUGCCCUCAAGGCUUUCCAGAGUUCCCUUAUUGUUACGGACAACUUGGUGAUUAGCAUCCAGAGAGAGCCAGUUUCUGCCGUCUCCAGUGAUAUCAAUUUCCCCAUGAAGGGGCGUCGGGGCAUGAAGGAUUGGGCCCGCCACUCCGAAGACAAGAUCUUCAUUCCCAAAGAAGUGCUCAAUCUCUCCUCAUCUGAUUCUGUCUCAGCUAUUGUGAAAGCCCAACCUCUUUCUCCAGAUUUCAAAUCAGAGAAACCAGAAAAAUUGUACCAUGAAACGGAUGACUCAGCUUAUUUUGUCAUUGGCGCCAUCUUGUAUCGCACCUUGGGAUUAAUUCUGCCCCCUCCUAGAAGUCCUCUAGCAGUCAUGUCCAAAGUUCUCACAGUGACGGUGAAACCACCAACAAAGGCCGUGGAACCCUUGAUCACAGUGGAGUUGUCCCAUAUUAUCAAUGGCACCUCACAUCAACAGUGUGUGACCUGGGAAUACACUAAAGUAGAGUCUGGCUCUGGGAACUGGGACACCGAAAGCUGCCAGACGGUGGAAACCCUUUCUGCUCAUACCAAGUGUCAGUGCAGACAGCUCUCGACCUUUGCCGUGAUUGCUCAGCUCCCCAAAGACCUGGCCAUGGACUCUGGCAGUUCACCAUCGGUUCCUCUGAUGAUCGGCUGUGCAGUUUCCUGUAUGGCUUUGCUGACCUUACUGGCGAUCUAUGCUGCAUUUUGGAGGUUCAUCAAGUCUGAACGUUCCAUCAUUCUUCUGAAUUUCUGUCUCUCUAUUUUGGCCUCCAAUGUGUUGAUCUUGGUGGGACAGUCCCAGAUGCUCAGUAAGGGCAUCUGUACCAUGACAGCUGCCUUCCUCCAUUUCUUCUUCCUCUCUUCCUUCUGUUGGGUGCUGACCGAGGCUUGGCAAUCUUACUUGGCUGUCAUUGGCAGAAUCCGAACUCGGCUAGUUCGUAAACGCUUCCUCUGCCUCGGAUGGGGUCUGCCAGCCUUGGUAGUUGCGGUUUCAGUUGGCUUCACUCGGACCAAAGGAUAUGGAACAGCCAGCUAUUGCUGGCUGUCCCUUGAAGGAGGACUGUUGUAUGCCUUUGUUGGUCCAGCUGCUGUGAUUGUUCUGGUCAACAUGCUAAUUGGGAUCAUCGUAUUUAACAAGCUGAUGUCUCGAGAUGGCAUCUCAGAUAAGUCCAAAAAGCAGCGAGCUGGGGCAUCACUGUGGAGCUCCUGCGUGGUUCUUCCCCUCCUGGCACUCACCUGGAUGUCGGCUGUGCUUGCCAUGACUGACCGGCGCUCCAUCCUCUUUCAAGUCCUCUUUGCUGUCUUCAACUCAGUUCAGGGCUUCGUCAUCAUCACCGUCCACUGCUUUCUGCGCAGAGAGGUCCAGGAUGUGGUGAAAUGCCAGAUUGGGGUGUGUAAAAGUGAUGAAAAUGAGAAUUCACCCGAUUCGUGCAAGAACGGGCAAGUCCAGAUCAUGACAGAUUUUGAAAAGGAUGUUGACCUGGCGUGUCAGACAGUCCUCUUUAAAGAGGUUAACACGUGCAACCCAGCUACCAUCACCAGCACAUUGUCGCGCAUCUCCCUGGAUGGUGAUGAGGAUCCAAAACUCAACACCAGCUCCGAAGGUGGCCUGGGCUUCUCCACCCUCCCUGGGAACAUCCCGCCCACUUCCAUCCUGGUCCAGAUGCCACAAAUGACCCACAACGUGGUGAAAGGGCUGAAGGAGCUCAGCGACCCCCCUGCCAAGAAGGACGUCAACGUGGAUGUGGCCCGUGGGCCAGUCUACCUGUGCAGCGACAGCAAGCUGCGGCAACUGGACUACAGUUGGCUGCAUUCGCAGGAGCCUUCCCUUGAGAGCAAUUACAUGGUGCUUCCCCGGAGGACAGUGAGCCUUAAGCCUUUCACCAGGGAAGAAGGGAAACUCAACAUCAAGUUGGACGAACCUCCGGGCCUGCCUCAGGGCCGGCAAUCAGUGGAGGCUGAGGCUUACCCCAGCUUUGCCUCCAUGGACCACAUCAACGUGAACUUGAACCAGCCCUAUGGGACAGUCAAGCAUCCAUACAGCCUUCAAUUCAAGCAACACCCCACAGUGCGGCAGAUCCUAGCCUCAGAGUUGUCAGAGCGAAGCCGCAGCAUGCCCCGCACCGUGCCUGGCUCGGCCAUGAAAGUGGGCUCACUGGAGAGGAAAAGACUACGGUACUCUGACCUGGAUUUUGAGAAAGUUAUGCACACAAAGAAACGCCAUUCAGAGCUCUACCACGAGUUGAAUCAGAAAUUCCACACCUUGGAUCGGUAUCAUGCUCCAGCCACAAAUGCUUCAAAGAGAGAAAAGCGGUGGAGUGUCUCUUCAGGAAGUGGUGAAAAGAAUAUGACCAGCGUAAUGAAGCCAAGUCCUUGGGCCUUUCCAAGCUUGAAUCAGCAACAGAAGCAAAAGUCUUGGAGUACCUUCAAGGCCAUGACACUGAGCUCCCUGCCCUCCAAGCCACGGGAGAAGCUGGAACUGCACUCGGCCGACUGGGAAAAGCAUUGCAUGAGCCUGGAUCUGUCAGAGGGCGACUUCCAAACAGAAGUGUGAGCCUCGU